CCCAGGCAAAGCACCAUGACGAUAAUCAGGCCCCUUCUGGCCGCAGUAUCUGCAAACCGAUCUUUCACCCCCUCAAAUUCAAAGAGAUUCCUAGCUUGUCAGCCAAAUGUCGCUGGAAAAUGGCUGAACGAAAAGGAUGUCUACAACUACUUCACCAACAAUGCGUUUGUGACGUCUUCUUCCAGCGAUCGCCUGCCGGUUAUCAACCCCGCCACGCAACAGCUUUCAGGAAAUAUUGCAGAAAAUACAGCCGACGAGUUCGAUGAAGUCGUACUAAAGGCCGUUCACGCGUACGAAGACUGGAAGCUGGUUCCCGUUCAGCAACGACAGAGAGUGAUGUUGGAAUAUCAGCGUCUGAUACGUGAUCGGACCGCUGACCUGGCCGGCCUCAUUACGGCCGAAAACGGCAAGACGCUAGCGGACGCCAAAGGUGACGUGUUUCGGGGCCUCGAGGUUGUAGAAUCUGCCUGCCAGGUAGCACCUCAAAUGCUUGGGGAUUCCUUGGCGGGAGUUUCGAGUACAGUCGAUACCGUCUCAUUCCGAGAACCGCUUGGUGUCUGUACCGGUGUUUGCCCCUUCAACUUUCCAGCCAUGAUUCCUUUAUGGAUGUUUCCACUGGCUGUGGCAAGCGGGAAUUCGUUUAUCUUGAAGCCGUCCGAAAAGACACCUAGUGCUAGCCUUCUACUGGCGGAGCUGGCGGCCGAAGCUGGCUUGCCAGAGAACGUCCUACAAAUUGUUCACGGUGGGAAAGAUACCGUGGAUCGCAUUUGUAGCCACAAAGAUAUACAAGCGAUUUCGUUUGUCGGGGGGAAUUUCGCGGGAGAGUACAUUUUUCAACAAGGUACGGCACAUGGUAAACGGGUGCAGUCCAACAUGGGGGCCAAAAAUCACGCAGUCGUCCUGCCCGACGCCGACCGUGGUGCCACGGUACGCGCUCUCGUGGGGGCAGCCUUUGGUGCCGCUGGUCAGCGCUGCAUGGCCUUGUCGACGCUAAUUCUUGUCGGAGAGGCCCAAGAUUGGCUCAGUGAUAUCGUUGAGGAAGCAGCCAAGCUCAGCGUAGGUGCAGGUUGGGAAGACGGAGUCGACGUGGGGCCAUUGAUUACACACGACGCCAAGAACCGAGUCUUGGAUAUCAUUCAUCGAUCCAUCGACCAGGGAGCAGAGAUCCCGUUAGACGGCCGUGACGUCCACGUCAAUGAAUAUUCAACAGGAAAUUUCCUUGGUCCAACGGUGUUGUCGAAGAUCACACCUUCCAACAUCGGCUACCAAGAAGAAAUAUUUGGACCCGUCUUGGCGUGUCUCGAGGCGAAAAGCUUGGAAGAGGCUAUGCAAAUUGUCAAUAGUAAUCCAUACGGGAAUGGAUGCGCGAUAUUUACAGCUUCUGGCGCCGCGGCACGAAAGUUUACGAGAGAAAUUCAGGCCGGCCAAGUUGGCAUCAAUGUGCCGAUCCCGGUACCGCUUCCAAUGUUUUCCUUCACAGGCAACAAGGCCAGCAUUCGUGGAGAUCUAAACUUUUACGGCAAAUCUGGGGUUCAGUUCUAUACGCAAUUGAAAACCGUGACUAGCAACUGGCCGUACCGCUCGGCCGAUUUGGGGGGAAUGACUAUGCCGACCAUGGGUAAAGAAUAA